AAGCAGCUCUCGUUAGGCGCCACGUUUCCGGUAGAAGAAGGAAGUUCGUUGUAGUUGCUGUUGUUGUUGUGUGUGUUAAUGUAUUGGGUUGUUAAACUGUGUCUGUGGAGGGUGUCGUGUCCUCCACGCUACAGUCUACUGCACACCGCUCUUCAUAGGAGUGUACAGUAUCGGCUUAUUGAUUUAAUCCAACACUUCUUCUGUGAAAGUGUCCACAGUUAUAAUUUAAACUGUAAAUAACACAUUACAGGUGGGCGCAGGUACAAUGGACUGUGUGUUAGGAACAGGGGGGCAUCUUGCUUAUUUUAUUUUAAUUUUAAAUUUGCAUAAACAGGUGUUUCCUAAAGUGUCUCAAAAAUCCCUACAGAUUAAGUAUGACCAGCUUUCAGGCCUUUGAUGUUGUGUUAUGAACAGUGUAGAAAAAUUAAAGUAGGAGCCAAUCAUCAGGAGGCGGAAUACUACCAGCCAAUCCCUGCGCAGAAGGCGGGGCUUUCCGGAAAACGGGUGCGAAAAGAACAACGUGCGUAAAGACACAGUGUCUGGUAGCGACGGUGUAGCUGCACAUUUCCUUCCCUCGCUUCAGUGUUUAGAGAGAUUACAGAGCUGCGCGCGAACGGCGAGUGAACCAAUCACUUUAGUCAGAGGAUUUCGAGGAAAUUCUCUCAUAGAUUUUAUCCAGAAAUGGACCAGAAGGACACGGAGAUGAACGAGAAAGGAGUUUCCUCCUCCACCAGCGGAGUUGUUGUCCAAGUUCGAGAGAAGAAGGGACCUUUACGGGCAGCGAUCCCGUACAUGCCUUUCCCUGUAGCUGUGAUCUGCCUGUUCCUCAACACGUUUGUACCUGGGCUCGGUACUUUCAUCUCAGCCUUCACGGUGCUGUGUGGUGCCAGGACGGAUCUGCCGGAUCGACACGUGUGCUGCGUGUUCUGGCUGAACAUCGCCGCGGCCUUCAUCCAGAUCCUCACCGCCGUGGUCAUGGUGGGCUGGAUUAUGAGCAUAUUCUGGGGCAUGGACAUGGUCAUCCUCGCAAUCUCUGAAGGCUACAGGGAGCAGGCAGCUGCCCAGCAGCUCUGAGGAAUCUGCCCACAUGAAGCCACGAGUGUGCACUUUUUAGCCGGUGCUGUCCGGCCAGCAUGGACAGGAGAGUUGAGGUAGCCUUCACAGGGACCGGGAGAAGGGCUAACUACAGUAAGCUUCUCAGCCUAAUUGGAAUUCCACACUGCUGGAAUGGCGGAUGUACAGUAUCCCCGAAACGCUACAAAGUGCUCUGUGAAUAUUAAAGGAAUACCGCUAACGUGCCAACUGUCUGUGUGCUAAACUCGUCCGAUCCUGUCAGGGCUAACUUCUCAUUAAUCUGUCUUCUCUUCAACCUUACUGUACAUUAAAUGGAAUGUAGGACAUGUGCCACACACAUAUGAUGUACAUACAAGCUGAAAUGGUUUAGGUGAGAGGUCUUCAGAUCCGGACCUGGAAUUUUACAGUCCUGUGUUUUGUAUUCAGUGGUAGUUAAUUGAACUGUACCUGAUUGGCCACCUAGUGUCCUCCAGUGUAAAGAGUUUUUGGUAACACUUUCUAUGAAUGUCACCUUUGUAAGCAUCUAUAAACACAUUCAUAACAUGUUAUAAUGCA